AUGGCUUCAACUACAAUCACCAAGUUUGCUCACUUGCAAAUCCCACUUGAAGACGUAUUAACGGCCACCGACAACUUUCAUCCUCAUAACAUCGUUGGCCAAGGUGGAUUAGGAAAAGCAUACAAGGGAAAACUCCAACGGUCCGGGAAGUUGAUCAAGAUUUCUGCAUUGAGGUUAGAUCGAAAGCAAGGAGAACGAGUCCUCGAGUUCUGGACGGAGAUUUCAAUGCUUUCUGAUCUCAAGCAUACGAAUCUAGUCUCUUUAGUUGGCUUUUGUGAUCAGAAAGAUGAGAAGAUCAUCGUAACCACGCAUGUGGCCAAAGGAAGCCUCCAGAAGCAUCUAAACAACCCGAACCUCACAUGGACGCAAAGAUUGAAGAUAUGUGUAGGCGUGGCUCGUGCGUUGAGUUACCUCCAUUUUGACGAGAGCCGUGGUUAUGGUGUUAUGCAUCUUAACAUCAAUAGUUCUACAAUUUUAUUAGACGAGAACUGGGAACCCAAGUUAUCCGGUUUUAAAGUUUCCAUCAAACAAUCGUAUAACCGAAUUGACCAGGUCAUCCUUUCUGAACCUAUUGGCACGAGAGGGUAUAUCGAGCCUGACAUUGAAAAGACCAAGGGUGUAACCCACAAGUCGGACAUCUACUCAUUCGGUGUCGUCUUAUUUGAAUUAUUGUGCGGGAGGAGGCAUAUAUUAAGAACGAGUCUGAUAGGUUUCUUGUUCAAUCGGCCAAAUUUCAUUAUGAAAACAAAACGCUGCAGGAUAUAA